AUGAGUGGUGGAUUUGGACGAGGGAAAAUCAUUGAGCAGAGAGCUGACAGUUCAUACUUUUCAGGAUCACAUUUUGCUCGGGUCGAUGAUAGUGUUGAAGAAAAUCGUAAUAGGAAUAAUGAUAGGGGAAAUUCUUUUGCGGUUCGUCGGGGUAAUUCUUCAAGUUUCUCGAGCGCAUUCAGUGAUGAAGGUGAUGUUGGUAGCCGCGGUGGCCGCGUUUUUGCAAGGGGAAGUCAUGGUGGUCGUUUUUCUGGUGAUCACAUGAACGAUAACAAUAGAAAUUCAUGCGAUCGUGGAAGCGAGUUUUCUUCCGGAUUCUCAACUGAACGGCGUGGUGGAUUUUCAUCCGGGUACGGUAGUAGGGGUAGUGGUUUCUUACCAGGUAAUAGUGAGAAGAGAGGAUCUUCGAGAGCUGGCGGUCGUGGUAGUUGUUUCGAUGCUGGGAGUAAUUUGGAUGAUGGUGAUAAUUUUGGUGCUGUCGAUCACACUGACGGUUUUCUUGGUGGUCGCGGUAGUGGCUUUGGUGGUUUCGGUUCUGCUAAUAACUUUGGAGGUACAAAUCGCAACCGUGGAUUCAGAGGAAGUCGCGCUUUCUCCAGUAAUUACGACCGCCGAUUCCGUGCUGUGACGGAUGAUUUUGACAGUGACGGAAAUGAAAGCUUCGGUAAAUUCGGUAACAAGCGCAGAGGAUUUUCAAGUGGGCGAGGUGGCCGCGGUACUCAUAGCUUUGGUAAUGACUAUAAUAAUAGUGGUUUCGAAAGCAGAAUUGAUACUAAAGAAACUUCUUUCGGCACUGGAGACAGUUUUAAUAGUGGCUUCACUAGUGAAGGAAGAAUGGGAUUUGGUCGUAGUAAUUUCAACAGUGAUUGGGGUGUUGGACAAAGUAAUGGGCGAAGAAUGUAUGGAAAUCGUUUGUGGGAUUCGAACUUAGCUGGUAGAGCUAGUUUUGGCGAUCGCGUUGCCGAAAAUGGAGCUGGAUCUCCUCGUUUGCCAUCUCAUAUUCCAGAAGAUCGAUCUAUCGAAGAAAUGUAUAAAGAGGAUGCUGAGAAUGCAAAAUAUGAGAUAGGUGAUUUGGAUCAAGAAAUCACGAUAACAGGAGUUCCACGAAUGCAAAAAUUACUAUUAGAAAAUUGGAAAAACGCAGGUUUUGGAGAUUUGUUGUUGCGCAAUAUUAUCAAGAAAUCAUUUUACUCAAAACCGCGGAAUAUUCAGGCUGCUGUCAUUCCACUUAUACAGAAUGGCUUUGAUAUGGUUGGGCAUGCCGAAACGGGUAGUGGAAAAACAGCCGCAUUUGUUUUACCAAUUAUCAAUUAUAUCAUGAAUAAUGGUGAACCGGCUGAUUCAAAAUGUGCUCCAAUUGCUUUGAUACUGGCACCAACACGUGAAUUGGUCGGACAGCUAUACAAUCAAACUAGAAAAUUUGCUGAUGGGACUGGUGUGACAGUGGCGAAAGCAUAUGGUCAAUACAAGUAUGUGGAGAAUUUAAUGGAACUAGAAAGGGGAUGUAAUAUGCUAUUUGCGACGAUGGGAAGAUUAAUAGAUUUCGUGGAGAAGAGGAAGGUGAGGUUGCACAAUAUCCGUUUUUUUGUGCUGGAUGAAGCCGAUCGUAUGCUUGGUCAAGAUGCUUUUCAAACAGAUAUUAUGAACAUCAUUCACAGUCCCAGUUUUCCAUCGGUAAGGGACCGACAAACUUUACUAUUUAGUGCUACGUUUACACAAGAAGUACAAGAGUUAGCGGCACAAGUUUUGAAAGAAGACCAUGCAUUUGUAUCAAAUGGGAAAGUUGCUGCGGCUAAUCCUCUCGUUGAACAGAAUUUUAUUGAGGUUACAUCCGAAAAUAAAUUUGACAAGCUGAUACAGUUAUUAGAAGAAGAUAAAGCGAGUAAUGGUGAUGUAUCACGUACUUUGGUUUUUGUUCAACGGAAACAGAUGGCCGAUAUUAUAGCUUUAAAUCUUGUUCAGAAAAAUAUACGAUCGAGUAGUAUUAGCGGGUAA